AUGAACAACAAAGUACUGAAUUUGCUUAUUUCAAAAUUACUGACCUUAGUGCUGAGUUUAAUUACAUUAGGAUGCCAUUUAGGUAACUGUAGGCUUUUGGGACGCGUGAAUGCCUUGUAUUUUCAACUAAUAUCAUCCAAUGCAUAUUUAGCUCAGCCCAUCUUACAAAAAUCAAACCUAAAGCACCAGUCAUCCACUUAUCGAUUUAGCGCUAUAGGGCCUGAGCCACCACAGCAUCAUUCAAUUGCACAUCCCUUUAUGUCGCCACUGGUUGGACCAAGAUUUUCCCCAUCCAACCGUCUUGCAACCAAUUGCCUUGCAUUCUUACCACAACCAUCGAUCAUGAUUGAUGGCAUCCGACAGUGCUACUCACCCUAUCCUUCGUCACAAUAUUCGCAACCUAGAGAAUUACGUAUUCGAAACUCUGACAAGCGUCUUCAAUUAAAUUUUAGUUACUUUAUGGAUAUUAGUAGCCCAUAAGAAAUGGAAGGCGACCGAAACGGCGCUGAUAAAAAUACUAAAAACCAGCUAUAUGUGAAGUCAAUAGACUCGUCCAUGGUCAGCUCUAAUAGCGAAAUACUGGCUCUUUACUAAAUUUUAAUAACGAAUUAACAUACUACUAAGUUGUAAGCAUAACAUAUUGAAUGCACUCUUCCAGCACUUCAUCCGUCGUUGCUGUAACGAUAUUUUUGCAUGAAGCAAGAGUCAGUACGUGCCUUAUCGGAUAAUCAACAUAUGCUCAGUUAUGAUUAAGCGCUUAUCUCCUCAACUUCUUAUAGCGUUCAUUACUAAACUUCUGAUAUAGUGACCUUGUUUUUCUUAGAAAGACAAAGAGGGUUAGUUAGCCAUUAUAAAUGUCAUGUUUUCGAUGAGGAAAAUAGUAUAUACGUAAUGAGGUUAGUUAUGUAACUAAAUGCCAUAGGAUUCCAGCUGCAGUUUAGACUAUGCAAUUUAUCUG